AUGGCUGAUGAACUUGUGGAUGUGUUUGACAGAUUUGAUCUAUCCAACAAAGAAAGUUCAGGAAUUAGCUUGGAUGGAGUGGAUGAGGAUAUAGGUAAUGAAGAAUGCAGGAAAAGUCUUUUUGGAAGAGUGAUGGGGGAAAGAAUCACCAACUUCACAGGAGUGAAGAACUUUGUCAGCAAAGUGUGGGGUUAUCCAAAGAACAUGGUAGCGGUCGAACUUGGAGCAAAUCUGUUUCAAUUUAACUUCUCCGAUGGGAUGGAUAUGGAAAGGGUUCUGAGUGGAAGACCAUACACAAUUGACAACCAACUCCUAAACAUCAAGCCGUGGGUGGAAGGCAUAGACCGCCAGUGGGAGGCAUUCCAAAAAGCCCACAUCUGGGUUCAACUUUGGAAUCUGCCAGUACAUUGGAUCACCAAGGAAAUAGGGGUAAAGAUUGGUGGUAUCUUUGAAGAGGUGGAGGACAUCAUCAUCCCGAUGGGGGGCAGCAAAGAAGGGAGACACAUAAAGCUGAAAGUGGUGUUUAAUACAGGCCAGCCACUGUUAAGAGGAACGGUGGUGAAAUUAGGUGGCCAGAGCAUAUGGGUGGAAUUCAGGUACGAAAAGUGCCCGGAUUUCUGCUAUGGAUGCGGAGUAAUUGGGCACAGUGACAAAUCAUGUAGGCACAAGUCAGGGACAAUUAGGGGCAGCUCCAAACCUCAAUUUGGUCCUUGGAUGAGAGCUCAAGCCAAGGGUGCAUCACCCAUAAAGAGAACAGAACACAGAUCAGAGUUCCCUAAAGAUCCAAAGGAACCGAUUAAUGCGGUUGCACAGAAAUUACUGUUCGAAGGAGAAUACUUAGUUAACCAGGUAAGAGAUCUGGAUUCCAGUAGAACUGCCAUUGACAGACUGAAGAUUGCCAGGAAUGAGAGGGAAGAUGACUUAGUCUUGUCAGGCAAUGAGCGGGACUAG